CAGCCAAGUGGUGCUGCUUCCACUCCUCCUCUCUGCAAACACCACUUUGCGGCUGCAAGAAAGCCUCUCACAGUGUUCGCGCCAACAUGUCAAAAGCUUGUCAUAUCUGCCAUCGCACCUUCGCUCGAGGCGAGCAUCUAAGAAGACAUCUGAGAACGCACACGAAAGAAAAGCCGUAUGAAUGUCAUUGUGGACAGGCCUUUGCCAGGCGGGAUCUUCUUACCCGUCACGAGCGUCUCUACCACGCUACGGGGAAUGCUACCGCUCCCCUGGCGAGGUCCCCAAUGACUGCAGGCCAGGACCAAAACUCGGCGGCACUCAAUCCAACGCCAGUCUUCCAUGAAGUCAUGCAAGCUACUAGCCAAAUGACAUUGAACGCUUCGGGGUACUUGGGGAAUCAAGGCGCAGCAGCUCCGCAAGAGCUAAUGCAACAAUCUCCUUAUGAUCCUUAUGACAACAACCCUGAGUUACUAAACCUGCCCAGCCCAAUGGAAGCUAUGCUUGACAUCUCUGAGUUCUUCGACGCUGUCGGCCUGGACUUCCAACACGGAUUCGAUCUUUUCCCGUCCACAAGAUUCGCUACAGAGCAUUCUCAGGAAUCCGAACAAAUGAUUUCAUCGGCUCCAAGCACGGGUCGGUAUCAGUCAACUCCUGAAAGUCAAGAGCUGGCGUCGAAUGAAUCGCCACCGAUGCGAAAUAUUAAUCCAAUCCCAGAUGCUGACACCGGUGAAGGUAAGUUGCGAUUACGACCUCCAUUCCCUUGAGGGACUGCACGGCACCAGAAGUUCUGAUGUCUCCUCGACGACUUAGAUGAUUUUCAUGAACUGAAACCUUUGCGACAACCGUGGAAAGUGAACGAAUCUCAACGAAGCCAAUUCAU